UUCAACAAAUAGAAAUCAUUGGUUUUAAUACCGUCAAUAAAUAUUUUGCCACGCCUCAAGGCAAUGGUAGGGUACAUUAAGCCAAGGACAGUUAGUAAUAUCUGGGUUUACUGGUACAAGAAGGUGCUUUCAAGUAGAUUAAACACCAUUGUUAAUGUCAAUUCUAUUUGGAUUAUUAUUAUUUUCUAACACCUGCACUGCUGUCAUCUGGAAUCUAUAGCCCUGCUUAGCUAUAUAUUUGGUCUGGAGGGCUGUGAAAGACGAUGCAUCUGGUCCUCAGGGUACUGUGUUUCUCUCUGCUCUUAUCGGGCUGUCUGAGUAGCGCUGGCGAGAUAGCGAUAGGCUGUGCGAAAUGGACAACCUCUCCCGGUUCUCCGGAUAUCUGCUGUGAAAGCUGCCAUAAAGGGAACCGUCUGGUGACUCCCUGUGGUCCAGACCCCAAAAAGCUGUGUGUUCCCUGUAGUAAUGAGACCUACACAACUGACACAACAUCACUCUCCUGUCGCAGGUGUACUCAGUGCGUAGGUGGGGCCCAGACCCUUAAGAAGGCCUGUACAAGAAGCAAGGACACAGAGUGUGACUGUAAGGCAGGACUCAGAUGUGGCGAUGGCCACUGCUCCUUCUGUGUCCAGGAGUGUGGAAAGGGCCAGGAACCUCUUCCCGCUGCACGCUCCUGCCGGAAUUGUCCAGUUGGGACCUUCAGUGACCAAAUCCAUGAGAAGUGCAAGCCUUGGAGAACAAGCUGUCCCCAUCCCCAUGAACACAUUGUGGCCUUGGGAGAUGCAGUUAGUGACAGCAAGUGCAGCAAUUUAAUCCCCCAAGUGAUUACCUUACCUACGAAACGGGGCUCUGAAGAUGGCACAGGGCUGGUUUGGGCUAUAACGGCCUCGUGUGGGGUCUUUAUCAUCCUUAUCAUCUUGUUUCUGGUCAUCAUCAUCAACAACAAAAAGAAACCAGAGAAGACAACCCGCAAUGAGCCAAACCUUAUUGUGCCAACUCCUCCUACAGAUGAUCCGAGGAGCCUGAUGGAGGUCAGUUUCCACCACCCUCAGCAGGAACAGGGCAGCAGUUCUGAAACACUGCACUCCCAGGACUCUGAGACCAAGCUCCUGCCAGUGUGAUUGGGAGUGGCGGGGUUAUACUAGGUCUGAUCUACAGGCCACUACCUCACACACUGGCUCUCUGAUGCCUUUCCAGUGAUUGGCCAACACAUCGUUCCGGUACUGUUAGACUCUGAUUGUUCAUGCCACACGCAGUCACUAAGGAAUUGAGAGGUUCAGAUACUUUUGAGCAUUUGAGCUCUUUAAUACCUUAGUAUUUGUUUGUAUCUUACAUGCACAUUCAAAGAUGUGAAUAUUGAGAUCUCUAUGUAACAAUAACUUUCUGUGAAAGUAUACAAUUUAUGUCAGCCAGUAAACUGAUAUUCAAAUGUCAGUAGUGGUGGGGAAGUUUUCAGCUGGAAAAACAUUGUCAUUGUUUGACCUAUCAAGUGUCUGCUGCUGGAUUAGUUCAACUAUGUACAUUUCCUGGUUUUAUUAGCACAGUUUCCUGUUAAUAUAGUUUAGAUGACCUAAACGUGAUGAAAUCCACUUGACAUUUGUAUGUGCGAGGGUGUGAGCAGAGUCAUGCCGUUUAAGUAUAAUACAGCGCAUGUGGGGUUGCAGCAACAGUGUAAACCACAGACAGCUAGAUGUGACUGCCCACAUGCCUCCCACUGGCAUAUCAUAUUCACGGAUUUCCUGUAAGGCUAAACUCCACUGCCCACAGUUACUGAGCAGAAGUAAAUACCCCUAUUUAACAUUACUGUAACCCAAAAUGUGACAUUUAAUUGCACAGGAGAUUAAUUACAGCAAGGACAUAAGGUGUUUUUCUCAGCACUUUGUUAGGAAUGUGCCAAUGUGAUACAGUACGGGACUUGGAGCAGCUUUUUGUGUGAAAGUACUGCUUGUAUUGAAUGGGAUAAGAGUGAAGGACAUGUGUGGGAAACAAUAUGAUGUCAUAUUCUUCUCUAUGAUACACUGCCAGGAAGCAAGGGGUCUGGACUUUCCUUAUAAAUGUAGUAGGGAAUGCUAAAGGUCAGGGAAUCCUCUCCUGGGGGUUUCCCCAGCCCUUUACACAGAAGCUUAUCUAAGGUCAUUGGAACUGUAAAUUGCACUUGACACGCAAUUUAUAAUGUAGGCAAUAGGCAUUGCAAGUGAUUCCAAAGGGCUACCUUUAACCUAGUUUGAUUAAAUCCUUUCACCACUAGUUUUGCAAUCACAAGCAUUGUUUGUGGGUGUUCCUUUGGCGUGCUUAUACAUGCAUGUUAACUCAAGCCGUUUUGCCCUGGUUGUAAAGAAUAGCUUUCACAAGUCAUCCCCCCCCUCUCCAUCUCAGAUGAGCUGAGGAGCCUGACAGUCAGUCUCCACCACCCUCAGCAGAAACAGGGCAGCAGUAUCGCGUGUCAGACACUUUAUCACGGAUCUGUCAUCCCAUUGUACAACACGUUUUUAUUCAGAUAAAGUGUCUGACACGCGAUACUUCCCUGUGGCCUCUCCACUAGGCAGAGCUGGGAAAGCCGAGGGAUUCUGAUGUGUCAUAUUAAUCAUGUAGUACCAUCACUGCUGGGAAUGUACACAAUGAACACAGAAUGAAACUGGUCUGACUAAAGCUCACGGGAUCCUGUUGGAAUGCUGAAUUACACAGUGCAGGGAAGACCCGUGACUGUUAAAAAGAGCACCUCAGGCAGAGGAUCGUGUAGAAACAUUGGUCAGAUCUGCACUCAUGUAACCUUGACUUGUCAUGAGUAUACAGAGGAGUAGCGUAUCGUGGAGUUACAGUAACUACGCAUGGGUGUCUGAACUGUAUCUGUAUUUAGCUAGUGUGACAGGCAUAGCCCACUGAGAUGGAACAUCUCACAUUCACAAUAGGGGCCAUAAUUACCUACAUGGUGUAAAAUGUUAACCCACACCCAUGGAGUGGGUUUAUAACAGUAGUGGUGUUAAUGAGUCAUCACCGCCACAGACUGUCAGUCAUCCGAGGACAGGGUUUUUAAAGAGCCAGUUACACUGAUGGAUUAUUGAGUGGCAUUCAUGCGAAUAUCCUGAAGUACUUGGACUGGCAGGCUCCUAGGACUUCCUAUACAAUAUGUUAUGUCAUUUCACUUGGGCCAUGUGAAAAUGGUACUGAUUGAAUAAGUACUGUAAUAUUGUUGGAUGUUUUGAUAUUAAAGAACAAGUAAAUACCA